AUGACAAGUGAAGAAUUUAAUAAAGAAACUUCAAGUGAAAAUUCUAUUAGCAAUGAAGCUUCAAGUAAAGAUAAAGCUUCAAUUGAAGAAUUAGAUUAUGAAAAUUCAAGUGAAAUAUCUAAUAAUAGUGAAAUAAUAAGCGAAGAAUCUAAUGAUUGUAUGACGAAUGAAGAAGGUCCUGAUAAAAUUGUUGAUAAGUCCUUAAGCAAAGAACAAAUACCAUCUAUUAGUGGAGAGUUCGCACCAUAUUUCAAUAAUAUCACUGAGAUAUUAAUGUUUUGUUGGAUUGAAAAACACAAUAUAUCUACUCAUGCAUAUGAUGAAUUAGUAGAUAUAAUUCAUUAUCCACAAUUCAAAA